AUGUUGGCCGCUCGCCGCCAAUCUAUGGCCUCUCCAGGCCCCCUUUCACCUUCUAGUCUCCCCCGCCCUCACUCUUCUACCGGCCACCAUAACUACGGCCAACUUCGUACUAGACUAAGCAGCGAUGCGGCCAGCGUUGCUGCUGCUGCACUGAAUGACGUCCCAGAGACCCGUAAUGUCAAAGUUGUGCUCCGAGUACGACCCUCGAAUCCCGAUGACGCCUCUAUCCCCGCCAGAUACCGUUCUGUGUUGGUUCAUCCCACAUCAGAGACUGAGAUUCGCGUAGACGUCGACCCCGCGACUCUGGCGGGUCACGCCGGCACAGUCGGUUCCAGCAGGAAACACCCGACAUUUACGUUCGACAAUGUGCUGGGAGAGGACUCUGUGCAAACAGAUCUGUAUGAUGCCACAGCAGGCGAGAAUGUUGAUGAGUUCAUGAAAGGACACAACGUGACCUUCUUGGCGUACGGCCAGACAAGCUCGGGCAAGUCCUACUCUAUGGGCACGACGGGCGAGGAUACAGACUAUUCGGGAACAAAUUUCACACCCCGUACGGGUCUGAUUCCGCGUACUGUGCAAACUAUCCUGGAGCGUGCCGAGGAAAGCAAACAACAAGCUGGUCCAGGUGCUUCCUGGGAAGCCCGCAUCAGCUUCCUCGAGCUUUACAACGAAGAGAUCAUCGACCUCCUUUCUGGCACUGGUAUCUCCAUCUCCAUUCGCGAAGAGCGUGAUGGCAGGAUCGUCUGGUCUGGCGUGCGAGAAGCCAAAGUCAAAUCUCUGGCCGAGGUAAUGCAGCUGCUCCAAGAAGGUUCGGCUCGAAGGAAGACGUCCGAGACAAAUAUGAACUCGUCAAGUUCUCGAUCUCACGCCAUCUUCUCCUUGACGUUGGUGCAGAAGAGGAUAGCAGGGCCCAUGUCUUCGGCUGUCGCUUCUUCUCGCAGCGAAACACCCACUCGACAACUUCGUAGGCCAUCUUCCAUGAUGGGCAUUUCCAGUGCCGGCAGCGCUCGCUCCCCGACGCCGACCAGCGGCCGCGGUGGAGGGCCGCCCAGCAGCUUUGGUCGCAUGACCCCAUCGCGCCCGACGUCUGUCAUUGGGACUCCCACCGGGGCUGACGACUACAUCAUUGUCACCAGCAAAUUCAACAUGGUCGACUUGGCUGGUUCGGAACGUCUCAAGCGUACCGCUGCUCAAGGCGACCGUAUGAAGGAAGGGAUCAGUAUCAACAGUGGUCUCUUGGCCCUCGGCAAUGUCAUCUCGACCUUGUGCGACCCGGUCAAAGCUCGAGGUCAUAUUCCCUACCGAGACUCGAAGCUGACUAGGAUGCUCCAAGACUCUAUCGGUGGCAAUGCUUUGACUACGAUGAUUGCCUGUGUUUCUCCCAUCGAGGCCAACAUAGGAGAGACUCUCAACACCAUCAAGUAUGCUUCCCGUGCUCGAAACAUUCGUAACCAGACCAAAGUCAACGCUGUUGAAGCUGGUUGGGACGAUGUCGAGCAUCUCCAAACCACCGUACUCAAGCUCAGAAAGCAAAUCUCGAUGCUCGAGAGCGACAGCAAGGGAAGUGCUUCCGAAGGAAACUCGAAGCACAGCGAAAAGCUUAUCCAAAGGCUCGCCGAGCUUCAACGAGAACACACCGAGCUCUACGAUCGUUAUCUUGCCAAGUGCAGCGACAAUAUGCGUCUUGGGAGUGAGCUACGUAACCGGGGCCCUGGUGACGGUGAUGCUCUGUCAAAGUUUAACGAGACUGUUGAACCAGUCAUCCUCGAAUACGAAAAGGUCGUCUCUGCCCUGAAUCAGCAGCUUGACGAGCUUCGCGGCGAGAUUGUCAUAAUCAAUGAUCUCUCCGAGGAACACAACCGUCAACUUGAAGAAGCUCGAGAUCGCCAACUGCAAUCUGAAUCCUACGUCACCGAGCUACGGAGUCGUCUUACCAAGUUGACCGAGCGAAACUCCUCCAGCGAGGCCUAUAUCCAAGACCUCGAGGCCAAGCUCAAGAUGUACGCCGACAAGGAAGACUCCCAUGCCGACGCCGUUGCCGAGCUCAAGAAGGACAUUUCAAAGCUUCGCGAGAACAAUGCGUCUUCCGUCUCCAAUGCUCAAGAGCUUGAGGCCAAGCUGUCCAGGUCGGAGGCUGCCUCUAGCAAGCUUGUUGCUCAAGUGGAAAAGCAGGAAGAGGACGCGCAAGUCCGAGAGUCGGCUUACCGAGAGCUCGAGGCUCAUAUCGUCCGCUUGGAAGCCCAGUCCCUCGAGGACAGCAAGCGAUUGCUCGGGGAGCUUUCUGACCGGGAUGACAAGAUCCUGGAGCUCGAGGAGGAGCUUGAAAAGCAGAGGCUCGACGGAAGUAGAGAGAACAAGUUGUUGGAGGCCGUCAACGCCGAAAAAGCUGCCCAGCAAGAACUGCGCAUCAGACUUGCAUCUAUGCAAAAGUCUGCUAGCGGCGUUGUAACUCCCCCUUCGGAAGGCUCGACACCCGCCGGCUCUGUCAUCAAAAAGUCGGCCGCGAGCUCGAACGGUGGCGAAGGAGAACCGAUCGGCGAACUGGAGCAACUUCGUGCCGCUUUCGAAAAGCUCGCGGCCGAACACGCCAAAUCGGAAUCUCACAUCGCCGACUUGACCUCCCAGCUUUCGGAAGCCAAACUCGUCCAAGGCGAAAUGGAGGACACAAUGCCAUUGUCUCCCUCGUCGCCUAUCAUCGACCACGACUCUCAUUCUGAUGAUGAGCUGGAAGAGGUCGCUACGCCAGUGGACGACCUUCCCACACCAGCCAGAUCGGCUCCUGGUAGCAGUCCCACCAAACGUCGGACUUCUAGCGCUUCCAUGCGCCGUUCAUCGCUGCCCUUAUUGAACAAUGGUGUGGCUGUCAAAAUGGGUUUUCGCGGAGGGAGGGGAUUUUCAGACUCGACAAGGAUCAGGCCGCAAUCGCUCUCGCAGGAGCUCUCCUCUGCGCAGUCCUCGGUUUCAUCGCCGCGCGCUACGUGGAGGGACCCGAAUACUAACAAGCUUCUUCUCUCUUCGCCCAGUAUGGUACCCAAGCCUUCUUCCAAGUCUGUACAGUCUUUGGAAGCAGAAUUGAGGUUUGUGCAUGGUAUCGUGGACGAACGAGAUGAAGAGCUUAGAGAUCGCGAGGCCUAUAUCCGACAAUUAGAAGAGCAACUGGAGUUAUCCAAAACGCACGAUAUUCUCUCCCGCAAAAACCGUGCAAACCCCAUAGAUGUCACCACAUCAGAAAUUGAAUCGAUAGAUACAGAAGUUGUAGAGCUACCGCGAACACCAGAAACCCCUGGAAUUCAGCUUCAGCCUUCAGACUUUCCUCUUCCGCCUAGUCCUGCCCCGAUGACUCCUUUCAAGUCGCUCAAGGUGGAAGCGGGAGACCAGGACGGAGACGACGAGGGGCUGAAGCCGCCCCCAGAUGACGGAGAGAACGGAGCUCUGAGUCCGAGAAGUGUCAAGAGGUUCAGCCAAUUGGCGGAGUCUCUGAGUAGGUUGGAGAGUAAAGAAGGCUGCAAUGAGCAAGACAUGAUACAAGAAUUGAUGAGAGAGAUGGCCGAGAAAGAAGCCAGUCAGAGGAGAAUCAUUGAGCAACAAUUCAUACAGAUUGCGGAUCUGCAAAAAUCCAACAACAAGUUGAAGGAAGAGUUGAUCGAAGUUGAACCUCAACUCUCUUCAAUCCAAAAACUCCGCUCGGAACGCGACCUGUUGACCGCCGAGAAAGCUGCCGCCACUUCACCUUCACCCUCCCCGGUCCCAUCGCCGAGCAGGUCCAUCCACUCUCUCGCGAGCAGUGCUGCCCUUGAUCGCCUUCAGGAGGAGCACUCGGAAGACCUGCAGUCUAUAAUCACUGGCCAUUCUCAGACCAUCAAGGUGAUUCAGCGAGAGCACCAGGACGAGAUUGCCAAGCUGCAAGCCAUCAUCGAGAAGAAUGAAGCCGUGAUCGAGGAGUGGGCAGCCAAGGUAGAAGGACUGAAACUCGAGCAUCACGGUGCGCAGACCGCUCAAAGGCUUGAUCAGGAGGCGAAAGAAGCUGCCCACCAGAAGAAGCUCGACUGGCUCAAAGCAGACCACGCCGAGAUUCUUGCAUCUCUCAAGGAUGCCCACGCUCGUGCGCUGGAAGAUCUCCAGUCGGAACAAGACCUCAUUGCCCAGGAGAUGGAGUCUUCCUUGUCUUCUUCCGAAGAGCAGCGUCGUCAACUCAAGAUGAAGGCCGACCAAGCUCUGUUUGAGCUUUCCCGAGUCCGAGACGAACAUUCACUGCAGCAGAACGGCGAUGCCAAGCAGAUAUCCGAGCUUACCAAAGCCAACGCUCAGCUUGAAAAGGUCAAGACCGAGCUGGAGCAUGCCAAUGCCGAGCUCAAGGGUCAGUGUGCCGACUUGAAGCACCAAACUGGCGACAAGCGCGCCACCGAGCUGGAGCAGAGGUUCAGUCGAAAGCUCGUCCCGCCGCCCCAGGUCCCACCACCUACUACCCCGCUGCCCCCUCUUCCUCGAAGCUCUUCCGGACACGGCACCAGACUCGGCUCGGACGGUGCUAGUAUCACUCCUUCCAUGCCCCAGAUCGGCGAAACGGUCGGUCAAAGUAGGAGGCAGAGCGAGUCUUCUGCAGGUCACUCUGAUGGCUCGGGUGAAGGCGGGAGUCAGGCGGCACUGUAUGGUGCUUUGGCGGAGAGGGACGGGUUGAGGGACGCUCUGGUCAAGGACAAGGAGAGGAUCAAGGAGAUUGAGCGAGAGUUGCAAGGAGAAAAGGUCAAGAUCAAGAACCUUACGGUAGAUCUCCGUGAAGCUCAAAAACAGGCCAACACUAUCCGAUCGCACCUUGACGAGGCCCGCCAGGAGAACAAACGUUCCGCCCUAUCGUGCCGCGAGCACACGUCUGAGCUUGAAGCGCGUCGAGAGCAGAUGGCCAAGUUGGCGGAGCAGGAGCGCAAUCACCGCGACUCGUUGCAGGCGUCUCAGGCGCAGGUGGCCAGUCUCAAAUUGCAACUUGAGAGGGCGGUGGAGACCAAGGUGCAGAAGCGAGGAUUCAUGUGUUUUUAG